GAGGAAAUUCGAGAAAUAACGGACAAAGAUCCAUCACUUUCCAAUGUUCAGGUAGCACAAAUGGUUUUUAAAUCCAAGUCUCGAGAUCGGGUUGUCGGUUAUGGAGGAGGAGUAAAGCUCAAAGAUAUAACAAGGUCACAACCCAGUAGAGAAGAACUUCAAGCUGAACUGAAUUCUGCUAAACAACAAAAUCAGCUUAUGGCAAAUCGCAUGGAAACAAUACAAGAGGAAAACAAUGAACUUAAGGGUCGUGUUGGUGCAAUCCAAGAGGAAAACAGUGAACUUAAGGGUCGUGUUGGUUUUAUGGAGUCUCGAAUGGAAAUGUUUCAAGAUAUGUUGGUCAAACAACUCAACGUUUCCAUUCCCUCAUAGAAUAUGAAGACACUGAAUGCAAG